ACUCAGCCCUCAUCUUUCUGUUGUGUGGCCCUCUUUUUGUUGUCAUCCACCAAGCUCAAAUGGCAAAUGAAACCAAACCCACCUACUUCUCUCCCCUCCUCACCCUCCUACUCACAUUCUCCCUCUCCUUCCCCUUCCUCUCAACUACAUCAUCAUCAUCAGAACCAACAGACCCAAUUCCAACACCAUGGCCUCACCAAUUCCACUCCUUACUCUUCAUGAACCGCAGUGGAACACUCCAGAAGACAGACCUCUGGUACGACUGGCCCAAUGGCCGCAAUUUCAACAUCAUCCAGAACCAACUUGGCAACAAGGUCACCUACGACCUUGAAUGGAACAACGGCACUUCCUAUGUCUACACCUUGGAUGAUUCGGACCCAGAAUGCCAAGUGUUGCAUGUCGAGGUCGGAAUCCUCAGACCCAAUUGGCUCGACGGCGCCAACUACCUUGGCCAGCACUACAUGGAUGGGUUUCUUUGCAAUGUUUGGGAGAAGGUUGAGUUUGUUUGGUACUAUGAGGAUGUUGUCUCUAAAAGACCUGUUUAUUGGGUCUUCUAUUCAGGAUAUGCUGCACAUGUGAUGACAUUUGAGGUGGGAAGAGUGCUUGAUGAUGAGAAAUGGCAAGCCCCAGGCUAUUGUUUUGAGGAGAAACAGAGCCCACUAAUUGAACCUGUGGCUAAUGUUGGUGGUUUGAUGAUGAGAGGGGCAAUCAAUGCUUCAAUGGGGCUUUCACUGUAACCGGCUUAUAUUGUUCAGUUCCAGGUCUCUCUUCAUGAUUUUGGCCUUUUUGUAAGAGACUUGUUUCUCUUGGGUAAUAAUCAAAAAUCAAUCCUACUCGUUUCUGUGCCUCCAGCAA